AUGAAUGAAUCAUUUCUCGAUACAUUCGGGUCCAAUCGUCGCGAGCGUGAAGAACGAGAAAGGCGUGACGAGCGCUUUAGGCGUGAGCGAGAUGACCGCCCAUAUUUUCGGGAAGAACAUUCUCCUCAGCAAAAUGCACGAAACAGCAUGUUCCCUAGGAAUACUCAUAGACAACGAACUCCGAUUGACUAUGAGGACAUGGAUAGAAUUCCACUGGGUGGAAGCAACAUGACCUUUGGUGAACGUCGAAUUCCUGGAAAUGCAUUAUUGCGAAAUAAUAAUCCAGAAUUAGGAUCAAAUGAAAUGGCUUUUUCAUCUAAUGAUCGUGAACGAAAAUAUGGUGAAAGAUAUAUUGCACCAAGAGAACCUCGUUUCCGCCCAAUGAAUAAUUCACCCUUUAAUCCAAACCAAAAUAUCGGUGGACACCAAAGUCAGCAUGAAAUGUAUUAUCAUCGUGAAAGAGAAUAUCCUAGACAUAACAGAUAUCGAGAUUGGGAUGGCAAAGAGGAAAUGUAUCGAAGGUCUAACAAUUAUAAUGAUAAGAGCAGAGAUGAAUUUAUCGAUUAUCGUUAUGAUAGGAAUCUAUCUCGAGAUAAUUCCGCAGAUUCUGAAAAAUUAUCAUUGGCUGCUAGGCAUAAUCACUGGAGAGCUUCGCGUCGGGAUAGGAGAUCACCAUCAUCAUCUACCCGUUCUACCCGUUCUAGUAGAUCACCUCCAACACAUCGUAGAAUUAGGUCAAAUUCUAUUUCUCGUUCAUUGAGUCCUCAAAAUAGGUCUGUUAAUGCAAUCUCUAGAGAGUCAUCACCACGUAAACACGAUUUGGAUAGAUUCUCUUCAAAACGUCCGCUGAAAUUUUCUAUCACAAAACUUCCGGAAAAAAAUCACGAAUUUGAUGACAAUUCAAAACAGGGAACAGAAGACGGAUAUGAUGAUGUACCUGAUGCGGUCAGCGUGGAUGACUUGAAUAAUGAAUCAUCUAUAGUCCCAUCGCGUGCUCUAGCUACGCAUGAAGAAGCAGAUUACGAGACACGAGUUAAUUUCAAGAAUUCUACAGAAGAAGAAUUAGCAUCAGGUGGUGAAAAUUCAUCUUUGCCGCAAAAACCAAAGAAUAGUGAUCGAGGGGGGUGGACUGGAUGGCACAGCAUUGAAGGUGGUUCCUCAACAAAUGCACCUGACGGAAGACAAAAUGAAGAAUCGAAUGGGAUGGAUAAUGUUAGUGAAAAAUCCUUAGAUAUGGAUUUAAGUCCAAAUGAAGAAAAAUCAGACAUUUAUCCUGAACAAUUUCAUAAAGAGGCGUCAAUUGAAAAGAACGAUCCGAUCAAUGACAAACCUCCUUUACAGCUUGAUGUCGAAGAAACUAUAGUGAAAGCGACUAUAGCUUCGACUUCAGAAUCACUUAAUCAGCAAAUCAAACCUCCACCUAAAAGUGUCGAAGGAAAAGAAAAUCACAUAAAAAAUGAUAAUAUAUCUGGAAUUGAAGCACAAAAUUAUCCAGUUACUACUUCAGUGGACGAUAAUGAAAAUGAAGAAGGAGAAAUUACCUCAGAAAGGAAUGAGUCACCGGAAAUAUCUUUUGGAUUUCCAAGGCCUGAAGAUGCUUCUGAUGAGGAAACAACAAGUAUUCGUGAAGAUCUUGAGCAAAUGAUUGAAGAUGUAGAAGAUAAAAUUUCAAAAUAUGAAGAAUUUUUAGAGACAAUUCAGCGCCAGAAAACAAUCAUUGAAAGGAAAAAGUCUCAAUUCAAAGUUAAUAAUAAUAAAUCAACAGAGAAAGCCAACGGAAAUGCUGCUUCCACGAAUAGAAAUAUCAAUGAUGAAAAUAAUAUUCAAUCAAUUGAUAGGCCUAUAUCAUCAUCAGCUAGAUUAUCCCAUAGUUGCCAUUUAGGAGUGGCAAUGAAUGAGAAUUCGAGAAAUCAAAAUAAUCACGUUCAAGAUGAUGCUUCUACUGAUGGCUCAAAAGCAUUAAACAAACAAAAAUUAUCUCUAUGGGAACUAAUAUAUCAGGAAAACCGUUUAAUCUCUGAAAAAAAUGAAUUAUCCUCUGCACCACCUCGCCAGGUUUAUAAUAUUUUAUUAGAAUAUCCCAUAUUCAAAAAAACUAUUGAAGACAAAGCAUUUUAUGAGUUUUAUAUAACCCAAAAUAUAAUCGCGAAAAAACUUGACCUGGAAGAAAAAGAAAAAGCGCUUAAAAAUCAAUACAAAAUGUUGUACGAAAGUUGGGUUCAGAAAAAUGAAAAACUUGAAAAGCUUGCUGGAAAAAAGAAGAAACCAGAAAAACUCGAAGUUAUUGCUGGACCUUCUUCCGAAGAAACAGCUGGUGGUAAUAAUAGAUCGUUAGCGGGAAGAGCAUACCGUCGAGGUGAUGCUGCACGAUCGGAGGCCGAAUUAAAAGAAAUAAUUAAAGAUCUUGAGGCUGCUGAAUUACGUAAUCCUGAAUUACGUGCACGUAGAACCCUGGCCACUAUACCUUCUAUGAUUCUCGACAUUUUUGAAUUAGAAACUUUGAUCUUUGAUGAUAGUAAUAGGAUAGUCGUGGACCCCACAGAAUUUUACGAAAUUAAACGUGACACGUUAUCCGAUUGGAAGCCCGAAGAAAUUGAAAAAUUCAAAAAUGCAUACUCGGAGUAUCCGAAACAAUUCGGGAAAAUAGCUGACUUGAUUUCAAGCAAAACUACCAACCAAUGUGUUGAAUUCUAUUAUCUCAAUAAAAAGAAAUUAAUUGAUUUCAAAGCCUUGGUAUCGGCAAAGGGAAACACGAAAAAACGAAAAGGACCAGGACGACGAAGAGCAACAAAUGGAACUACUACUUCUCCGCCUACUCCAGAGCAACCAAAUACUCGCAAAAGGAAUAAAGGAUCUGCUUUGACCGAUGAUAUUGGCAAAGCAUCAAGUUCCCGUAGGAAGAAUAAAGAGAAAGAGGAAAUUCAAAAGUUGGAAGAACAACAAGAGCUUGACACCGCAGAAAGGGACAUUCUUGAAACAGAACCAUCUUCAGCACAAAUAGAGGAACAAUAUGCUGACAAUGACCGAGAGACAUCAAUAAUAAUACCGAAAUCGCCUUUGUCUCAUCAAGGAAAACAAACUUCGUCUUCUCUACGAGAAACUAACGAAACCGAAUCUCAACAAAUUACAUAUAAAAAAAGUAAUGAGUGGCAGGAAGAUGAAAUCCUUCUUUUCUUAACCGCAUUUGAAAAAUAUGGCAACAACCUUGAUGAAGUUGCUUCCAGUUUGGAGAAGCCCAAAGAAGAAUGCGAGAGAUUUUAUAUUUGUGAGUAUCUGUCUAGUCAAGUUUCUACAAAUAAUGUAGAGAAUGAAAACACUGUAAAUGAAACGAUAGUUAUGCCUUCAUCACCUCCUAAUAUCGAAGAAGAAGAAGAAGCUACAACGACAAAAAAAUCGAAGAACAUUAAACCUAGAAAAAAAGUAAAAGCACAAGAAGAAGAUAAUGAAAAAGGGAAAAAAAGAAAAGGAGGACGUGCAAAAAAAGUUGCGGAUGAUGAAGAUGAAAUUGAUGAGGUUGUUGCAACGUCAUCUAUUGUAAAUGAAGGAGUUGCAAGGCGAGUAUCAAGAAGUGAGGAUAAGGGUACGACUCCUCGUCAUUCGUCAUAUUGGUCUGUAAAAGAAAAAACGUCUUUCCAGGAGUUAGUGAAAUCUUACGGAAAGAAUUUUGAAUUGAUAUCACAAAAAUUGGGGACAAAAACACCUCAUCAAGUCCGAAAUUAUUCCAAUAAAAUAAAUGAAGAAUCGGGAGCUACUGAUAAAAAUGAACUACAAAUUGAAAUUCACGAAGAUUCGGUAAUAAAUACGCCAGAGACCAUUAUCAAUGAUAAUACCCAAGAAUCAUCCGAAUCUAAUAUCGAGCAAGGUCAGUCCCAAAAAUCUCCGCAACAAUUAAAUUUACCUCCAACUGGAUAUUUUGAAAGAAAUCAAAAAUCGCCUAUUAUUUCAUCUGAUCUACAACCAAAUACACAAUCGCCUGUAACUGCUACGAUAACUCCCACAUCAUCCUCUACAUCACCUACCAACCCGCCAAUUACACAUACCGAAUGUUCGUCGAUGUUAAACAAAAACAAUAAUUCUUCUCAACCGGAAAGGAAAGAGGAAAUAAGAAAUAUAAAUUCAGAAGCAAUCAUUGAAAGAUCACCUCAACAAGGAAAAAGAACAAUUUUUGAUUUAUUGAAUCCUACUGAUACUGAGACGAUGGAUGCCACUAGUGAUAAUUGGUUUGAUGGCAGUAAUGCUGCUGAAGAAAAAUCAUCGACUAGUCGGAGAAAUAGUCAAAAGUUGGAUAUUCGAGUCACUGAGGAAAAUCCGAGUGUCAAUAGAUCUAAUGGUCCUGAAAUUCCAUCGAUUGCUGCCAAUCAAAGUACUUCAGUUGUUUCCCAUCCUCCGCCAAACCAAGCCUCUCCCGUCAUGACUGCAAACUUGAACCAUACAACACCAAAUUUAUCAUCUCCACGGCAAAGGACACCGUCUAUGCCUACAAUUGAUGAAACAAGAAUGCUUCCGCAUCAACAACGACCAUUGAUGCAGAUGCGAAACCAACAACAAUCUCAGCAACCACCCCCACAACAGCGACGAAGUUUACCAUCAAAUAUAGUUUACAGUCAGCAUCAUCCUAUAUACAAUAAUAUAACUCAACAACAAUUAAAUCAACAACACUUGUUAGUUCAACAACAAAUGAUUGGACCAAAUUCAUCCUCGCAAUUAUUAUCGACACAACAACCUCCACUUCAACAAAUAAUGUUGACACAACAACCAAACAGACGUAAAUCAUUAUCACAAUCUACGCAGCAACAACUACUACUUAAUCAACAGACUAACGCGCAAAACACAUCAUCAACUCAAACAUUGGUAUAUCCACCAAAUCUGCAUGGGAUAUAUCGACCUACUCCCUUUAUUGGUAAUAAUUCUUCGUCAAGAAAUGAGAUUUUCAAUAAUAAUGGACAAUUAAUAGCAAGUCAUAAUAUGCAAAAUUUUCAAGGUCAACAACGGCAAUCUACUAUCCAAAACCAGCCGUUACUUUAUAAUCCUGCAGCAAUUUCACGUCCAUCUAGUCAGGAAGUCAUCAACGCUAUUCGUCAUUCUUCAACAAUGGGUAGCCACGAUAUUCCUUUAAGUCCAAUGAUCACCAAUAUUUAUGAACAGCAAUCGCAAGUACAUUGGGAUCAAACUAUUAAUACUAAGCCAAACCUAAUUUUGGAUCUCGAGGAUAGUUUAGGAUUCCAAGAUAAUAUUAAUUGUUAA